UCGCAGGUUUGUAGUCGAUAUAAGCUCAAGGUUCUAGGUCAUUACAUUAAACACGUCUAAUUUCUAGCCAAAGUCGUCUACUUUUCUUGACUCUUGGCCUAAAGUACGACAUUUUCAGUUGCUGUGCAUUGCGUGGAAUAUAUUUGGAGAGUCUGCGGAGUUUUGCAAAGUUCGUCGCUGCAUGAAUGAAAAUCCGUGAUUUUUUUUUCGCGAUACGCUUAUUAUACACACAGGCACCAGUGUAUGAGUGCUGGUGAACUAGUUCGGUUGCUGAAAGUUAUAAAAAGCUUGUUACAGGUUUUCAUGUAAGCAACAAUUUGAACCACUUAUCAACAGACUUUGCUUUGGAUAUUUAGAACUUUUGAUGGAGUAAUGGAUGCAUUAUGUCUGCGUUCGGUGGAAUCUUGCAACAAUACUCUGUGAACCUCGCCAGCAAGACUGGCAGUGUCGUCGGCUGCACCGUCCCGCUAGAGGUUUCGCCCCGGGACAGUAUGGGCGACCCGCGCCCUAGCAACCGACUCCGUGGACCAGACGGUCACGUCAGAUUUUAUUCCGAAUCUGCGGUGGAGUUUUACAGGCGGAAUUCGUACAGUGAAAGAUCGUCGUGGAGUUAUGGCAGAAAGACUGACCAAGCUUCGUCUUCUGUGGAAUCAACAACAGAUACCAAGGCAGACGAUCAGGGGUCAAAGUUCAUAUCAGCAUCAUAUGCUGGGCCUGACACUAAUGGGAGCACAAGCCAACGGUACUCAAGACGUAAAGCGUUGAAGAAAAUGAGACUAAACAAUGACAGGAAGAUCAUCUCCUAUUUGAGGCAACGUUUUCGGGAGCGACCUGAACCAUGGAUGGAUAACGAGACUAUAGAUUCUGAGGGCCAGGGAGAUAAAGUUUACAAGUUUAAGCCCAAGACACCAGGUCGGGUUGAUAUCUUCACCAAAUACAAUGAAAUUGGAGGUCGUGUCAGCAAGGAGGGUCACGUCCUGGAUGGUUUAUAUCCUGGAGCCUUUUCCUUCACCCCUCUGCCGAAAGAUCACCCUCCAAGCCCUGAAUAUGAUGAAUCUGUUCUGGUAGAUGGAGCAGAGGACAAAGCUCCAGAGACAUCACAGGAGGAAGUCCACAGAACUGUUGAAACCAGGGCCAGCUCAAUCCUUGAACCAUUGACCAUCCCGGGAGCAGGAGCCAGUGGGGAACAACCUUUGUUUCAGAAGGGGAGUCCUGCAGUAACAGCUCUAAGCCAUGACAGGGCUCCUUCUGAAAGACUUGAACUUCAGUCCAUCACUGGCUUAUCAGACAGUUUGUCCUCGAUGGGAUCUAGGAACUCCUCGGGUAGGUCACGCUUGUCAAGUGGCAUGAGUCGUGACGGAAGUGUGGCAAACACUUUGGUCAGUUCCUCAAGAAGCCCAAAGCCUCCAGACUUAGCGAUCAAGCCCGAGAAAGCAGUAGGAAAAAGUAAACCCGUGUCUCCUCUCGUCAGAUCGCCAAGUCAGUUGUCACAUUUGCCUUCAAUCAGUACUAGUAGAGUAUCAUCACCACUUGCCUUGCACUCCGGCAAGGACCUGAAACUUCCUGCCCUUGGAGCGGACACCAGAUGCCAUUCAACAGUAUCACUGGAAUCUCCCAAAAGUGGACACCAAAUGCCAGUCGAGGAUGCACACUCUCGUGUAUCUCCUGUACCUACUCCUUAUCCGGACCAUGACGAUGGGCUGGACUCAAAGAAGUCUCUGGAAUACCAGCAGAUUGUUGACAGGGUUCUGAAGAGCAAGGUGGAUGUCCACUGUACCUGGGUGUCCAAUACAUUUAGACUCUAUGUGUCAUCUACCUUCACCGAUUUUGGAGCUGAGCGCACUGUCCUCAUAGCCAAGGCCUACCCCAGGCUGCGGGCGUUCUGUCGUGAAAGGGGUUUUGAGUUCCAGGUAUGUGACAUGAACUGGGGCUUGAAGGACUACUCCACAGACGAUCAUUCCUACGCUAGCGGCUGUUUGGCAGAGCUGCAGGAAUGUGAGAAGGUGUCAAAAGGGCCAUUCUUUGUGACCCUCAUGGGACAGAAGAUGGGAUUCCAAGCUCUUCCAGAUUCUUUCCCAGAAGAAGACUUCUCAUCGCUGGUAUCUGCGAUCGAGAGGGAGAAGGCUCACUAUGUAGCUACAAGAAGACCAUCUGCGUUCCCUGCACAAAGUAUUGAGGAGCAACUGAACAGUCGACCCAUCACAGUAGAGUCAAAGAAAGAUGGAACCAGUGAGGUCGAAAGGUUGCCAGCGGAAGGCCAGGAAGACCUGGAGAAGGGCCCUGUUGAGAAGGAGUUUGAGGCGGAUCUGAACGCCCUCCAGACUUGGUACAAGCUGGAUGAGAAUAAUGUUCCACCUGUCUACAUCUUACAACCAAUCAGCUCUCAGUUCAGAGAGAUCCUGAGCAAUGACAAGCAGAAGAGACUGAGAGCAAAGAACCAAUGGCUGGUGAUGUACAAGAGACUCAUCAAGACUCUCACAAAAUAUGUUCCCAUGGCCAUAAAGGAUACCAAGAGAGCAGAGACAUAUCUACAAACAGUAAAUGAAAGAGAGUUGGACCAUGCAGUGUUUUCUGCCGAGCCAGAGAAAAGCAAAAAGGUUGCCAGCUUUGUGCGGCACAUCAAGGACCUCGGGAAGAACCUUCAAGACUACAACUCCAAAGACUUCAUCGACCUGCAGAACCUGAAGCCAGAGAUUGACUUUCCCAAGUUCGAAAGAGUUGAAGACCUUCGAGAUGUGAAAGUACCACAGAGGAUUGGCUUCAGUAAUGUCCAUGAGCAUAGCAUCAUAUGGCACAAAGACGGCGUCAAUCCUACCCAUGUGCGGGUGCAUUCUCAGUACCUUGACGGACUUGCCAAUGAGUUCUUUGAUACCAUGAAAGUCAAACUAGAGAGGGCGAUGUACGAAGAUACGUCACUUACUACUGCACCAUCAUACAGUCUUUACGAGGAGGUCGCCCAGCAUGUCAACUUUUUACAAGAAAGGUCUAGACGUUUCUAUGGUAGGAAGGAGCCCCUGCAGUACAUCAAGCAGUAUCUUCUAGGAGACAGUCGGACACCCCUUGUGCUCUGUGGACUAGAUGGUAGAGGCAAGACAUCACUGAUUGCCAAAGCUUGCCAACUCACCAACUCAUGGUUAAAAGAGCAAGAAGCAGCCACAGUGGUGAGGUUUGUCGGCCUAACUGCUGAAUCAGAGAACAUCCGCUGUCUACUUCAAGGAAUAUGUCAACAGAUCAGCCACACCUAUAGCCUCGAUCUUGAUGCUGUCCCUGAGGACUUCCAUGCACUGAUCAACGACCUUGAGGGGCGUAUCACCAUAGCAACAACUCAACAUCCCCUCAUCAUCUACAUAGACGGCCCUGAUAAACUCAGUGAUGAUUACAAGGCCAGGUCCAUGGUCUGGUUACCUAGCAACCUACCAGAGAAUGUGAAGAUAGUGGUAUCAUGUACUACUCUGGAGGAGGAGAAGACAGAUAGUUUCAAAGCUUUGAAGAAACAAUGUACUGAUGCAGACUUCUACACCCUCCCCGACCUGACUCAACUGGAAGCCAAAUACAUCCUCAACUAUCUACUGGAGCAAGAGGGUCGAAGGAUCACCGAGGAGCAGCACAAGACAGUGAUGAAGGCAAUGGAGGAGGUUUCCUCACCGCUGUAUCUGAGGCUGAUCUGUGACCAGGCCGUUGGGUGGAAGAGUUUCUCAGAGAAGAGGGAGACAUACUUAGCGACGGAUCUGAGAAAGAUGAUAAGUGGUGUCCUGAUGUCGCUUGAAGCCAAACACGGUGAACCUCUGGUAAGGCGAUGCCUUGGCUACCUGACAGCUGCCAGAAGUGGGCUUUCCUGGACAGAACUCAACGACAUCCUCUCCUGCGACGAACAUGCCAUGACGGAUGUCGCCAGGAACCACUCACCGGCCCUGAGACGCAUGCCGCCCGCCCUCUGGUGUCGACUCAAGACUGACUUGAGGAAGCUGUUCAGGGUGUGGAAGGUUGAUGGGGUGUGGGUGUGGAGAUGGGCGGAUCAGCAGUUCAGAGAAGCAGCAACAGAGAGGUAUCUAAAUCAAAAGGACAAAGCCCCUUCCUACCACAGCGCUCUCGCUGAAUACUUCAUGGGCAGGUGGGGCGAGCGGAAGAAGCCGUUCCCUGGCAACGAGGGCGGAGCUGACCGGUUCGUUAACCCUCAGCCUCUUCUGAUGACCAGACUUAAGCCUUCAGAUCGUCCGUAUAAAAGGGGUGUUGCAACAAAGGAGUACAACAUGCGAAAGCUGAAUGAGCUCCCCUACCACCUCCUCCAUGCAAGCCAACUUGACAAGCUGAAGGCAGAGGCUCUCAUCAACUAUGAGUGGACCCUUGCCAAGCUGAGGGCGGUUUCUCUGCGUGCCAUCCAGGACGACCUCCAGAGCGCCCUUACUGUUCACCCUGAUGACCUCGAGGUCAGACUGAUGAGCAGCACCCUCCAUCUCUCAACAAGUGCAUUACUGAAGGAUCCGAACCAGCUUGCCUCCCAACUGGUCGGGCGCCUCUACAACAUCAUCAGCAACGACAAACCCAUGUCAAUUGGCGACCCUAAGAAGUACUCCACCGUCGCUUCAAUGCUCAACCAAGCCCAGCGGUCCUCCGUCCCCGCCCUCAUCCCCUCAGUGUCAUGCCUCGCCCAGCCAGGGGGCGUGCUCUACGACCUCCUGGCAGGUCACACAGAGGUCAUCACCGCUGUGACGGUGUCGAGGUUGACGAUGGGCGUGGCUGCGACGGCUUCGAGGGAUGGUUCGGUAAAGCUGUGGGAUUUGAAGAACAGGAAGGUCAUGAAGACUGUUGAAGGAGUAGGGAAAGAGAUUUCAUCAAUAAGGCUAUGUAAGAAUGACUCCAUAGCCGUCACUGUGGAAUCAAGCCGCAUCAAGUUCAACUCCUUCAGCAACGGCAUUUGCCUCUUGGAGAUCACCCAGUACAUCGACCCUCCUGUCAUCACAACGGCCAGCGAAAACGAUAACCUCGUGGUGGCGCUAUUCACAGGGUCAAAUGUCAUGCGUACCUGGGACGUGUCGGGGGAGAACGUCCAGGUUCUGGUAGAGGUCGAUAUCGGAGGUCAAGGUAUUCACCAGGACGAGUCCCUAAGCGUAUCCUUUAGCCCCUUUGGUGAGAGAGUCCUGUAUGCAUACAGGAGCAGUAAUACAGCGUUUGUGGUGAAUGCCAAAACAGGGAACAAGAUCCACAACCUAACGCCCCCUAAGCAAUCAGCCUCCAUCACUGCUCUGGGUGUAUCAAAGGAUUACUACGUGGUGGCGUGUCGGUACAUGUUCCAGAAGGUCUCUGAGAUCCAUCAGCUGGAGCUCUUUGAUAUCAAGAGCGGAGCCUACCUCAGGGCAAUACAAGGCUGCACAACGGAUAUCGUGAAUGAGCUGUAUGUCAACCGGCUGGGGUCCCACGCUCUCACUGUGUGCCCUAACCCACAUACAAACACAACGACGCUCGCCGUAUGGAAUCUAGAAACGGAAGAUCACAAGCAUCUUGCCAAGCAUGCACAGAUGUCCAAAUUUGGUGCCUGCAUGGACCUGCUGUACUUCCUGACCGCGUCACAGACGAGCAAGUCCCUGCGCAUCUGGAACAUCAGCCGGAAGGUCAACGAGCGGGACAACGACGCCGCCAAGUCCAAGAAGACCCUCGGAGUGACCGGUCUGGUGCCCAUGAUCAACAACCCGCGCUACGUCGUGGCCAAGUCGGUCAAGAACGGCCCCCUGAGCGUGUGGAACGUGGUGAAGGGGAAGUGCGCCGGGAAUGCAGUGAGGAUUGAGAGGGGGCUCGUGGACUCGCAUGAUGUGGUCCUGAUCAGGAAUCAUCAGGUUGUUAUUCUGUCGGAUCUGGGCAUGUCCAGCGUGAGCGAGAAACCGUCUCAGGUGUUUCAGACUGUUUUCAUGUAUGAUCUUGGGACUAAGAAGUACAUCAGGAAACUGACUGGGGUCUUCAUAGUGCCCUCUCCAGCCCACGAAUACAGACUACUUGAUGGGGAAUUGCUUCUAGGGCUUUCAGAGACGAGGGAUCACUUCAUCGCAUGGAACCUUGAGUCAGGUCACAUCAAGUUUAGGAUCAAGACGGGAUUCAAGACGGAUCGACUCCAGGUGAAGAAGGAGGUGGAGGAACUUCGUUCCAGACUCAAGAGACAGAACACUGCCGAUAUGAUGCCAUGGGAACGGAGAUCAGAGAGUCAGGAGGAGAGACAGAAGAGGAAAGAGAUGGAGUUGGAGAAGGAGAGGAAGAGAUUGGAAGAUCUAAGAAAGGAAAAGGAGAAUGCCAUUCAGCAUUACUUAAUGAGUCAGGAUGAGAAGGUCCUGGUGUGUUCCUACUUUGGCCACCACCUCUGUGUCUUCAACGUAGAAACACAACAGCACAUGCAGACUGUUGAGAACGAGAGCUCCAUGCUCCAGCUCUACGUUGCUGCUCUCUCGCCGGAAGGAAAGUAUCUCGCCCAUGUGAACUAUGACGACAAUGACAAGGUCAGCUACGUUACGGUGUGGAACCUCCACAAAGGCGAGGUCCGGAAGCGUCUGAAGCGAGAGUCAAACGUCUGCUGCAUCGGGAUGAAUGACGACGCCUCGCGGGUGCUGUUCGGGAAUGAACGCCACCAACUGAAGGUAUGGGACAUCCAGAGAGGCAGGAGCACCUUGCGCAGGCUGCGGACAUCGACGCAAGCACUAGAGUUCACCACUAGCACCAAGAUCUUCAUGAUAGAUAAUGGCUCGCGUGCUGUCAUCGUGGCCAGUGACAUCACGCUGUGGGAUCUUGAUCACGCAACGCAACUAGCCAUGUUCACCCCUGACCUACGGAUCUCCUGUGUCGAGGUGGUCAUGUCUGGACAGAUGAUUCUUCUAGGUCUCCAGGACUCUUCGGACGUUGUGACCCUGAGGCUAAAGGGUCGGGACAUCAAGCCACCAGACUUUCUGACUGGUGAAGCAGGAGGGAAGGAACUGUUUGGAGAAACUACGGGGGAUACCUCGCCAGAAGAAGAGGAAGAAGAGGAGGAGGAAGAGGAGGAGGAUAAUUAGGUCAUCAUGUCACAUGACCUUCAGUACUUGUGUGGAUUUUUCCUUACUUUGGGAAAUUCAUUCAUUUACUCUUAUCCUUAUAGCCAAGCCAAACGAACACAAAGAUGAAAAUCGUGAGGGUUCUGAUUUUGAUGCUUAUCACACCCCUUAAAAUUAUCCAGAUUUUUAUCCAUUUUGUUGGAAUAAAGAUCAAAGAUCCUUUUCGUAACCUUUCACUGUAAGGGGCCUUUAACUCACAAGCAUAGCUUUUACCAUUGGUCCCUCAAUAUUUCACUCUUCUUUUUAGUUCAGACUUUUGAUUUAAUGCGUUUGAACAAAUUUAUAUGAGGCAUACUUUCUCUCUUUUGUCUCUGUUAUGUAAAUCCCUAUUUAUUUAUACUUUCUACUUUGUGAAAUCAUGGCAAAUUUUGAAAUUAGUUGAAAUAUGAAUUAAUAAACAUUCCAAUACAUUUAGUAAUAGAAUUCAGACUAACAAAUGGUCUGAGUGCCAUACAUAUUAUUAUGUACAAAAUUUGUAUGUGUAGAAUCUGUGCCAUAAAGCCUCAUCGGUACAGUAAAGGUCAGUACCUAUGUCACUUGACACCAGUUCUUUAGCUGAUAGAUUCUCUGAGUUAUAUUCCAAGAAUAUAUGAUUACUAUUUCCAACAAAAACCAUAUUACUAUUUAUAUUUUAUUUGUUAUGUUUGUCUACAUGCAUCUUAACAGGCCGGUCAUCAACUUCAAUUGGUUACUUAUUUUGCUUUGGAAGCCAUUUCUCAAUUUAAAACAAAUUUAUCCAGUAUAUAGAAUUUAGUCAUAUAGAAUUUUCGUUUUAUCUUUGUCUACGUAGUUUGUUUGUCAUGGUCAUGUUUUACCCUUAUAAUAUUUG